GAAGUUUUGAACGAAGGGGAGGACGGAUGAGUUUAUUGUAUUGCAUUUGCGUUCGUAUAUUUUGUUUUCUAUUAGCUAACGACUUGUUUCAAUUUAAGUGUUUUCUUCAAUCAGUGAUAAUUAUUUAAAUAUUGGUGUUUCAUAUAUUAUAUAUGACAUUUGUCCGUUAAAUGUAAUUAGAUAAUGUGUGUGUAGUGGCAGUGAUAACGUCAACGGUCAAGCUCAGCUGGUCCCGUCCGACGAGCGGUAAAAAUCUCGCGAGUUUUUCUUUACUUUGCCUUACACAGGUAGCACUUUUCGUGCUCCAUUUCUCCAAGGUAUGCCGUUAUAUUAUUUCUUAAUAACACGCUUACUUAGAUACACUAAACGUAAAGAGUAACAUUAACACGUAGAGAUUAAAUGUAUAUUAUCAAUUAGUGUUAUUAUUUAUACACGUGUUAAUACGUCCACGGUGCUUAUUUUACAAUAUAACGUAUAGCGUUAUUCCACACGAAACCACGGUAUUUUUGUUUAUCUUUACUUACAACGACGCACUGGCCGUGAUCCAGAUUACGUGUCGUCUUAUUGCGCGGGAACUCGCGAUAUUUUUAGUAUAUUAGUCGCACGAUGAUUUAAAAUGCGUCGUGUAACUAACAUUACUAUAAAGAAACCCGUUUUCAGUAAAAUAAUGUAGCUUGACUCUGAAAAGUGAGUUAUAAAGUGAUUGAGUGAAAAAAAAAAAUGAGUGAGACCCAAGAGACCCAACAACUGCCGGCGCCGGACCCGGCAGCUGCUCCCCCUGCACCACCGUCAUCCACGUCUUCAGAGAAUGCAUCACUUGCCAGCACAGCAACCUCCCCUGUCACCAAGCCAGCUGACUCCACAAGACCAUCUUCUUUGCCUAAACCAUCCGGCUUGAAGCCACCCUCUAAGAUUGGUCGGCUCUGCUCCAACUCUGCGCCUAAACCUGCCGUACCCAUCUCCCCCAGAACUGACGGCAGUUCCUCGGACACGUUGAGGAAGCUCAGUGACGACUCUUCGAGAAAACAUUUAUCAGAUUUACUUGAAGCCGAGGAAGACGAAGUUUCUAGCAGUUUACCGGAGAGACCGCGGACGCACCGCAAGGCAUCUACUAGCAGCACGUUCAGUGUCACCUCGAUGGACGCGCUGUGGGAGAAGCACCCGCGCCGCCUCAGCGAGGCUGGCCUCCGGAGGUCGUCAGAUCAUAGUGUUAUAUUAACAGAAGAUACUGACAGCUUUAUAAUUGGCGAACGAGUUUGGGUGGGUGGCACCAAGCCCGGUCAGAUCGCUUAUAUCGGUGAAACACAGUUCGCACCCGGCGACUGGGCUGGCAUAGUGCUUGACGAACCUAUUGGUAAAAACGACGGCUCUGUAGCUGGGGUCCGAUAUUUCCAGUGUCCCGAAAAACGAGGUGUAUUUUCUCGACUAACUCGCUUGACCCGCAUCCCCCUUGUGACACAUGCUCCCCACGAUGCGUCCCCGAUCUCAGAUGCGGGCAGCGUCUUCGAACGCCCUCCAUCAGGCACCAGGCAAAGACGCGCACUUUCACCAAACGGUAGCAUACGCAGCAUCGUUAGCAGCAAGAUGAAUGCAUCAAUUUCCACAACCACUAACGGAGAAGUCCGCGUCGGAGACCGCGUUAUUGUAUCUAGCAGUCGCGGCAGUAAAGCGGGUACACUGCGUUAUGUUGGUGUUACCGAUUUUGCCACUGGUGUCUGGGCGGGUGUAGAACUCGACGAUCCUCUUGGAAAGAAUGAUGGCUCAGUAGAUGGAAAAAGAUAUUUCGAGUGCUCUCCCCGUUUUGGCUUGUUCGCACCCAUCUCGAAAGUGUCACGGUCGCCAUCAAACCGUAAGCCAGGCGCCUGCGCCAUACACAGCAACGGGCGCGCGACACCACUGCGGCGCUCCAACUCGCGGGAGUCGUUGACGUCUCUGGGCACGUCUAUCGCGUCUUCCCGUGUGGGGGUGAGGCUCGGGGUGACGUCGCUGGGCGCUCAGCGUGUUGGUGGUCCGCGAGCUUCCUCCACCCCGGUAUCCGCGAAGAACGCCCUGCAGGAACUUCUUCGAGAAAAGCAGCAACACCUGGAGAGAUUGAUGAGGGAACGGGAGUUGGAACGCGCGGAGAUGGCCAAGAUAUCACUGCAAGCCAAUCGCGCCGAGACCGCACUCACACAGCUCAAGAAAGAGGCUACACAGGCAACUUCAGAGAACAGUAAACUGAAAUCGGAGUUGGACAAAAUCAACAAACUCCUGGAGGAUGAGAAGCAGAAGGUGGAAGAUCUCAUGUUCCGGACAGAAGAGGAGAAUAUCAAUAGAGAAGAUUAUAAUAAAUAUAAAGAAGCGAUGGAGCAAGAGAAGGCGACGCGCGAGCAACGUAUCCGUGAGUUGGAGGCGGAGGCGGAGCUGCAGACGGCGCGCGCCGAGGCCACGGCCGCCGCGCUGCGCAUGAUGGAAGACCAGCGCGCCGCAGACAUGGCCGCCGCCAACGAGAACCAUCGCGAGGAACUUGCCGCUGCACAUACUUUGUCAUCAGAGUUGCAGAAGUUAUUAGAUGAAGCUUACGCUCUCCUUAAAGAAAAAGAAAGCGAAAAAGAUUCAUUGGGCAAGAGCAUGUCGGAAGAGCUGACUCGACUGAAGACUGAUUCUGAAAGGGCGCUAAACGAUGCUAAGACUAAGAUGGCUAUCGCUCAGACUGAAUUCGAAACCCAAGUCUCCGUACUGACUGCGAAGCUGCAAUUAGCUGAAUCAAAACUAGAAACUGAAAAGCUGAAUGUAGAAAGAUUAAAUAAGGAAAACAGCCAAAUUAUUAUAGACUUAAAUACUAAGUUAACUCAGCUACAAGCUGCCGUAGAUGAUAAAACGUUAGAGUUGAAUAAAGUUGUUGGCGUGAGCAAGGAACACGAAGUCAACCUAAACAAAGAAAUUACAAAAUUAAAAAUGGAACUUAGUGCUAAAGUAUUAGAUUUAGAGCAACUUGAAGACUCGAAGAGGAAACAAGAAACAAUAUUCAAAUCACUACAGGAAGAGCUGGGCCGUGUUAAAGAUGAAUACAAUAGCAAAGUCAAUGAAUAUGAAACCUUGUUGAGCGAAGUCUCGCAACAACACGAGAAGAACAAAACAGACAUGUUAGAUUUACAACAAAGUCUGUCUGCGAAGACCAAAGAGUACGAGAAGCUACUAGCUGAACUAAGCACAUCCACAAGUUCAUCUGAGAAGCUUGUCAGUGAAUACAAACAAACAAUUCACGAACGCGACAAGGAAAUAAUAAAACUGAAAGAUGACUUCGAACAAACAACCGCUAAUUUCAAUAUUAAGCAUAGCAAAAUCGCCGAAGAACAUAAGAAAGAAAUUGACGAUCGUAACACUAAAAUAGAAGAGCUUUUGAAGGAAAUUGAAAGCCACAAACUUACUUUGGAUCAAAGUAAGGUAGAACUCGAAGCACUAAAUUCUCAGUUCAACUUAAACGUAGACGAACUGAAAGUUCUCAAAGAAGAAAAUGAAAAAUUGAAACAAACCAUCAACGAUUUAACUCAAGCUAACAACGAUCUCAAAGCUAAAAUGUCGGCAAUGGAAUUAGAGGUUGGUGAAUACAAACGACAGUAUGAAAGCGCCAACGAGAAAUGUGCAGAAUUACAAAAGGCCAAGGAUAAAAUCGAAGAAGAAUAUAUGAAUCUGACUGGCCAAACAACUGAUUCUAACGAGCAAUUCAAUAAGUUGUCCCAACAUCUGAAAGAAACUGAAAAAGAAUUGCAAGAGUUGAAGGACAAGCACAGAGAGGUUGUGAACAACCAUGCACGAAAUGAACAGGAGUUGAAGCAAAAGUUGUUCAAGAUUCAAGAAGAUUUCUCUGUCGAACGUGGACAGUUAGUAGGCUCCGUAAAUGAUAACUUAGAAAAACUUAAAGAGGCAGACAGUAAGAUCAAAGAAUUAGAAGCCCACACUAUCGAAAUCAAUAACCGAUUGAGGAGUCUUCAAGCAGACAAUGAUAAACUCCUCGAUGAGAACACUAUCUUCAAGAACGAGAUAGAAGCACUUAAAGUUAAAGAACGUGAACAGAACAGUGAACACGAGUCCAUUUGUAAGAAACUAGAGAUAGAUAUAGAUAGGUAUAAGGAAGAAAUAUCUAUAUUAAAAGCUGAUGGUGCUACGUCUGAAGUUAAACUUAUGGAGAAAGUAGAUCAAUUGACUGAAGCGCAGAAUGACUUGAACAACAAACUCGAAGAAGCAAGAAAGCACGAAGACAGUUUACAGAAGAUUCUAGAUGAUAUGACUGCUCAGUUAAAUAAUCAAAAAACACAAGCUGAGAAAGAAAUAGCUCAACUCCAAACCAAUUUAAGCACUGUUUCCGAAGAAGCCAACAAAUUAAGGUCGGAAGAAACACAGAUGAAAGAACUUCUAGAAGAAAAACAGAACAUUAUUAAGGAUCUCAAUCUAAAGCUAGAAAUGCUGGAAGUUGAUUUGAAGUCCAAUGUAGAAAUUGUUACUGAAAAAGAUCGUCAAAUAGCUUUAGUGAAUGAAGAACUAAACAAGGCAAAUGAAAAUAAGCAACAAUUAGAAGAAAAGUUGAAUGCAGCUACUUUAGAGACUUCCUCGUUUAAACAAAAAUACGAGAAUCUAAUUGCUAACUCUUCAGCGGAAGAAAGUAUUCUGAAGGAACAACUGAACCAGCUUGAGGUUCUCAAAAAAGAAAUGUCUGUAUUAACUCAAGAAAAGACUUCCUUGGAAUCGAAGCACUCUGAAACACUAUCAGAAUUGACAACAUUGAAGAAAAACUAUGAAGAUGUAGUUAGCAAAAUGACUGAGAACGCAACUGUUACUAGUGAUCUAAAGAAAUCUUUGGAUGAAAAGGAUAACUUACUAAAAUCUCAAAACGAAAAACACGAGACUGAUCUACAAACAAUAAAUAAGUUAGAAACAGAGUUAGCGCAGUUAAAACAGGAGCUGUCUAGUAAAGAAAUUGCUAUCCAAGAGAAAGAAUCACAGGUAACCAAAAUGAAUGAGGCCUUACAACUAGGAUCUAGCGAAACUCAACAACUAGUCGCUCAGCUACAACAAGAAAAUGCUAAAUUAAAUGAAACAUACAAAACCGAAGUUGAAUCUCUUAGCAAUACUACAAAAACUUUACAGUCUCAGUUGGUAGAAAAGGAUAAAGAGCUCGAAGACCUAAAACAGACAAAAGAAAAACUAACAGAACUACAAAGCCUCGUAGAAAAGUCUGAACAAGAUAUCAAACAGCUAACGAACAUCAAUGAAGCUCAGAAAAUGAACUACGAGGACUUGAAUAAGCAGCUACAAGCUCAGUUUGAUGAACACAAGAAGGAAAGCAAGCGUGCAAGGCAUGACCUGAGAAAUACAAUAGGUGAUUACGAAAAAGAAUUAAAAGAAUCUAAAGAAAAAGUAGCAGCUGAAAUAGAAAAACAAAAUCAAUUACAACAGAAAUUAACUGAAGCUGAAAAUAAAAUAAUAGAACUGACACAGAAACUAGAAUUGGUAGCUGUUCAACAAAGUACUGAUGUGGAGAAGGACAAACAAUUGGAGAAAUUAACGGUAGAACUACAGUUAGCUAAACAGUCUUCUACCGAAACAGUAGCUAAGAGCGAGACUUUAGUCAAAAAUCUUAAAGCUGAUAUAGAGAAUAAAGUUAAAGAAUUGAGACUGAAGGAAGAGUUGAUUAGCAAAUUGCAAGAAGAAAUUAAGAACAACAAAGCCAAAGUAGAAAUUGUAGAGCGCGAAAAGCUUCUUCUACAAAAGGAGAUGGCAGCUAAAGGCAAGGACAUACGUGAUAACAAUGACAACAGUGCGAUGGGUGUAUUAGGACAAGGCGAUUCAGCUUCUGAGAAGGUUACGGACGACAAGGAGAUGAUCGAUGGCCAAGUGAGCUUCCUCAACUCCGUUAUAGUGGACAUGCAGCGCAAGAACGAACAGCUCAUGGCAAGAGUGCAGGCCCUCGAAGGCGGAACUGUUGUCAGCGAACCUGUUCUUUUUAACGGGCGUAAGGCACGGGCUGUGGCCCCGCGGUUGUUCUGUGACAUCUGUGACGUGUUCGACGCACACGACACGGAGGACUGUCCCAAGCAGGCGGGCGAGCCUGACGCGCCGCCGCCGCCCACCAACCGCCGCGCCGCACCGCCGCCGCGACCCUACUGCGAUAUUUGCGAAGUAUUCGGCCACGCAACAGAGAACUGUGAUGAAGAGGAAACUUUCUAAUUUGCCUAUUUAUUGACGGAUUAGUUUUAAUGUUACCGUUAUUGUUGUUACAUGUUUUAGUUGGCUAUUAUUUAUUAUUGUUUACCAUUGGCAUGGUAUCACUUGUUUUAUAGUUAAUAUUUUAGGAAAAUAUUUGUAAAUAAGUACCUUUGAUCUUUUAUAUCACUAAGAGAAUCAUUGCAUGUUAUAUUUUUCAUAAUUAGGUGAAUGGUAAUCAACUUUUUCUUAUGCAUUAUCUGGUAUAAUGCAUAUUGAGAAAUGAUCUUUUAUGGCACAAAUUGGUCUUACAUCACAAUCAUGAUUCUACAAUAACUCUAUUGCAACCUAUUUUAUUUUUAAAAUAAUUAAAUAAACACCAAAAUAUAACAGUUUUAUAACAAUAAAUUAAAUUUUAAUUA